UUUUUAAAAAAGAAAAAUUGUUUCUGGUUUUCUCAUUCGAGAGAAAAACUGAAACUCUCGCUGAAACCAGGAGGAGAAAAAAUAAAUUUUAAAUUUUAAAAAACAAAAAUUAAAAUAGAAAAAAAAAGAGUACUUGGCAGUGCAGUCAUUUAGUCUAAAAGGAAACGACUGAGAUUGCCCAGAUUCAAAGCUUUUUCCCCCAAAAUAUCGAAUGCAACUUCGAUUUUCUUCUUCAUCAAAAUUUCAAUCUUUAUUUUUUGUUUUGCUUCUUCUUUUUUUUUCCAUUGAUGGGUUGCUAGAUUUUUAUUAACCUCACAUAAAUACUCUAUCUUUAUCCAGACCCAAAUCUUUACAAUCUUUUUUUUUCACUUAUAAUCUUUAGUUUUAUUUGUUUUUUUCUUUUGGGGGGAUGAUGGCAUCUUCAUCACUGGCAAGUCCUUUAUGCACUUGGCUGGUGGCGGCUUGUAUGUCGGUAACGUACGGUAAAGACCAGUCCCGGUCUCCAUUGUUCAACUCAUCAGCCUCCGCUUCUUCGAACAGGCUCGGCCGUUGGGCUCGUAAUAGAAGGAAGGCUCUCCUUUCUCAAUGCUGUGGUGGCGGCGCAACCCCUAACAAAGACGUGGGCUUGAUUUCUUCCUUCCGUGGAUCCACCAUUCAAGGCUUGAUGGCUUCUUGCUUGGCUUUUGAGCCUUGUAAUGAUUAUUAUUCCUCCAAAAAUGGUAGCUUUUUCGGUCAAAAUGGAAGCUUUUCAUCUUUCUUCGGCUCCAAAACUGUUCCUUUCAAUAAUAAUCGCAAGCAAAAAAGGCUCAAUCGACGAGCUCAUCAUUCUGGACAUGCCAUGGCUAUAGCUGUGCAACCCACAAGAGAGAUUACAACGAAGAAGAAGCCUCCUACGAAGCAAAGACAAGUGGUUGUGACCGGGAUGGGAGUAGUAACUCCGCUUGGACAUGAGCCUGAUGUUUUCUAUAACAACCUGCUCGAGGGUGUUAGUGGUAUAAGUGAAAUCGAGACUUUUGACUGCGCUCAGUUUCCGACAAGGAUUGCUGGAGAGAUCAAAUCUUUCUCAACUGAUGGAUGGGUCGCGAAACUUUCCAAGAGGAUGGACAAAUUCAUGCUUUAUUCUCUUACUGCCGGAAAGAAAGCUUUGCAAGAUGGGGGAGUAAAUGAAGAUGUAAUGGAGGAGUUAGAUAAAACGAAAUGCGGAGUUUUGAUUGGUUCAGCAAUGGGUGGCAUGAAGGUUUUCAAUGAUGCGAUUGAAGCUUUGAGGAUCUCAUACAGGAAGAUGAAUCCUUUUUGCGUACCGUUUGCUACAACAAAUAUGGGUUCUGCAAUGCUUGCAAUGGAUUUGGGAUGGAUGGGUCCUAAUUAUUCAAUCUCCACUGCCUGUGCUACAAGCAACUUUUGCAUAUUAAACGCAGCAAACCAUAUCAUUAGAGGCGAAGCUGAUAUGAUGCUUUGUGGUGGCUCUGAUGCAGCGAUUAUACCCAUUGGUUUGGGAGGAUUUGUGGCUUGUAGAGCGCUCUCUCAGAGGAACAAUGAUCCUACCAAAGCUUCACGCCCUUGGGAUGCUAAUCGCGAUGGAUUUGUCAUGGGGGAAGGUGCUGGGGUUCUACUUUUGGAAGAAUUGGAGCAUGCCAAGAGGAGAGGUGCGACUAUCUAUGCAGAAUUCCUUGGUGGAAGCUUCACUUGUGAUGCUUAUCACAUGACCGAGCCUCACCCUGAUGGUGUUGGUGUCAUUCUCUGCAUCGAAAAGGCCUUGGCUCACGCUGGUGUAUCUAGAGGAGAUAUAAACUAUAUUAAUGCUCAUGCUACAUCGACACCAACUGGAGACAUUAAAGAAUACCAAGCUCUUCUUCAUUGUUUUGGAGACAAUCCCGAGUUAAGGGUGAACUCUACAAAAUCAAUGAUUGGUCACCUACUAGGAGCUUCCGGUGCUGUGGAAGCUGUUGCAACAGUACAGGCAAUACGAACUGGUUGGGUUCAUCCAAAUAUCAACCUGGAAAACCCGGAUGUAGGAGUGGACACAAGUGUGCUUGUGGGGCCAAAUAAAGAAAGAUUGAACGUUAAGGCGGCAUUGUCGAAUUCAUUCGGGUUUGGCGGGCAUAACUCAUCGAUCAUUUUCGCCCCAUACAAGUAAAAAUAGUUCAACAGCUGCUCUCCCAGUGUUUUCUUACAUUUGGCCGAAGAGUAUCCCAGAAAAUCCUCCUGUAGACAAAACAUAACUCUGAAAGUGUUAUUAUUACGAAGUAGUACGGUGGUGGCCGUAGCAGAGCUCUAGAAAAAAAAAAAAAACACUCCUACUGUUUCAUAGUUCAGUGUUUGUUUGGGAAGGUUUCGUUUCUCUUAAACGUAGUAGCUACAAUUGAGGUUUUAGUGUUUGAGGCCCCAGGGCCAUUGAAGAACCAGUAAAUGUAGUAAUUUUUGUGUUCAUGUAAAAGAAAUGGCUUAUAUCAGUUGUUUUUUUGUUUUUAAUUAAAGCCAAUUUGUAAUGAAUCCUGAAUUGGCAGCAGGGUGGAUGCUUUUCUGAUUUAAUCUUCAUGCAAAAGCUUGCUUUCUA